AUGGUGCGGGGAAAGACGGAGAUGAAGAGGAUAGAGAACGCGACGAGCAGGCAAGUGACUUUCUCCAAGAGAAGAAAUGGACUUUUGAAGAAGGCUUUUGAGUUAUCAGUCCUUUGUGAUGCUGAAGUUGCCCUAAUUAUCUUCUCCCCUAGAGGCAAACUCUAUGAAUUCUCCAGCUCCUCUAGUAUAACAAAAACAGUAGAACGAUAUCAGAAACGAAUACAAGAUCUCGGCUCUAACCACAAAAGAGAUGAUAACUCACAGCAAGCAAAAGGCGAAACCUAUGGCUUGGCAAGAAAGAUCGAACAACUGGAGAUUUCAAAAAGAAAAUUACUGGGAGAAGGACUUGAAGCAUCUUCUAUUGAGGAGCUACAACAAUUGGAGAACCAGUUGGACCGAGGCUUAACCAAAAUAAGAGCCAAAAAGUACCAAUUAUUACGUGAAGAAAUUGAGAAGCUAAAAGAAAAGGAGAGGAACCUCAUUGCAGAAAAUAAAAUGCUGAUGGAGAAGUAUGAGAAGGAAAGAGGAGGAACAAUAGCAAGAACAUCAUCAUCAUCAACAUCGGAAGAAGUAGACACAGAUGAUGACAGUGAAAUGGAAGUGGUGACUGAUUUGUCCAUUGGACCUCCUGAGACUCGACACUCCAAAAAGUUUCCUCCUCCAAACUAA